AUGAUUCUUAAUCUUUAAUUACUAUGGUUAUUAUAAAUUUAGGGCUCUCUGUUUUAUUUUUAGCUUUUACAUCUUAGUUUAUUUCUAAGUAUUACAAAGAUGACUAUAUUUAUUUUUUCUAUUUCAUUGCAUUUUUUGGAUAUUUUGUAGAUAUUAGGAUUCCUUGUGUCUUGUAAGCCCGAAUUAUUGAUCACUUAGAAGAAUGGUAAAGAAAUUCAAUAGUUUUUCUACAACUUACAUAAAUUGUGUAUGUAUUUGUUUAAUUUUUCAUUUAGCACUUUAGAAUAUUUAAAGAUGAAAGUUUGUGCUUUUCUAUAUAAGCACUAAUAAUUCUGGCAUUGUCUAUAUUUUAAAUUAUAAUGA